AUCGCGACUGACGCAUCAGUUUCUUUCCGCCUGUAAACACCGAGUCAGAGACACAAACAUAAAGUUAAUAUGCCUCAACCAAUGCCUUAUGAUCGCAUUAACACUAAAGCACUUCAGAAUCUGAUCUGAGACCACCAGCGCUCAAAGGUUUAGUCCAGAAUGCUGGAGACGGUGACCGAUGUGGCAAGUUUUGUUCAUUAUGGCAACACCAGUGUUUUCCCCACCGCAGACAACAGUUCUGAGAUCAUUCCAGAUGGAGAAAGCAACAUCUCUAAACCACACCGCUGUCUGCAGGUCCUGUACGACGACAUCGGGACGUCCAGGGUCCGCUACUGGGACGUGAUGCUGCUCAUCCCAAACGUGGCGUUCCUGGUUUUCCUGAUGUGGAAGCUUCCGUCUGCGCGAGCCAAGAUCCGCUUGACCUCCAGCCCCAUAUUUGUGGCGUUUUACAUAUUGGUGUUUGUGGUUGCAGCUGUGGGAAUCACCCGCGCCAUCGUCUCUAUGACUGUCAGCACAUCCAGCGCCGCCACACUCAUAGACAAGGUGCUUUGGGAAAUCACAAGGUUCUUUUUAUUGGCUAUUGAGCUCAGCGUCAUCAUACUCGGAUUGGCUUUUGGCCAUCUGGAGAGCAAGUCCAGCAUCAAGCGUGUUUUGGCCAUCACUGCGGUUCUGUCUCUGGCCUACUCCAUCACACAGGGCACUCUGGAGAUUCGUUUCCCAGAUAAACACCUCUCCGCCAAAGACUUUAACAUCUACGGCCAUGGCGGACGACACUUCUGGCUCGCCAGCUCCUGUUUCUUUUUCCUGGUGUACUCGCUGAUAGUGAUCCUACCGAAAACCCCGAUCCGAGAGAGAAUCUCUUUACCAUCGAAGAGGAGUUUUUACGUGUAUUCGGGGAUCCUGGCGCUGCUGAAUCUGGUUCAGGGUUUGGGAAGUGCUCUGCUCUGUGCCGACAUCAUUGAAGGCCUGUGCUGUGUGGAUGUGACCACAUUCCUUUACUUCUCCGUCUUCGCUCCUCUGAUCUACGUGACGUUCCUCAAGGGGUUUUUCGGCUCUGAGCCCAAAAUCCUGUUCUCCUACAAAUCCCAAAUCGACGAGCCGGAGGAUUCAGACGUGCACCUGCCCCACACCUCAUCCUCCGGGCUGGGCCGCAAAGAUCUGGAUCGCGGCUCGUACUCAAGCACGCAGAUCGACGGCUCCGGAGCGUAUCUGGACGACGUGGUGUCGGGCCCGUUUGGAGGAGCACACAGCAUUAACAGUGUGGACAGCGAUCGCUGGAGGUCCAUCAACACCUGAAACAGCAGAUCAAAACACUCCAGAUCAUCCUCUACUGCUUGCAGACAUCAGACGCUCGCUCACAGAUCAUUUCAUACGCAUUCCUGCAACUCCUUUCUACAUUCCUUGUGUGUCUGCAACGCUGUGAAAGGGUUAUUUCACACGAAAGCUACAAUUAUCCUAUGAUUUAGUCACCCUGAAGGUAUGGAAAAUACAAAUGGUCUUAAUUAGAGUCUCUGUCUCAUUUAUAGUUAAUAUCUAUAUAUUCUUAAAGGGUUGGUUCACACCAAAAUUCAUAUUAUCCUAUGAUUUAGUCACCCUAAAGGUAUGCACAAAUAUAUAUUUAUUUACUUUAGAGUUUCAUCUCAUUUCAAGUAAAUGUCUAUACAUUCUUAAAGGGGUAGUUCACCCAAAAA